GACGAUUUUUGUGUGCACUUUUAGCCACUCCAGUGCUAAACUAUUGUUUAUUGGAUACCAAUUGUAAACUAUACAAUAUCGUAUGUAUUUAAUCAAUGUGCGCUGCAUUGUGUGACGCGUAAAAAAUACGCAAGUCUACAGCCAACAAAUCGCCAAUUUGCUCGGGUGAAAUUUCAAUGAACUGAGAAAACAAAGGCAGAGACACACACACAGCGAGGAAGAAGCAGCAGCGGAGGCAACAGCGCAAUAGCAAGCAAUUAUUUACAUACUUACAAAAAAUAAACUAUAUCUUUUACACACAACCUGAGGCGAACAUUGCGAAAAAGCCUAUUACACAGUGCAUAGCGUUGCGAAAUUAACAACAAAAAUAUAAAAAAUCGGUAGUUUUGUGCGAAUUUGCAUAAGUGUACGUGUGUACGUGCGGCCGCUGGGAGCACCAGACAGCCACAAAAAAAACUUUGCACUUCUCAGAAGGCACAUAUAAAAAGCGCUUCGGAACUCCUUUUCGUGUGGCGACGACAACGAAGACGAGACCACGACCAACACCAGCGAAUACAUACAAACAAACACCUACACUCGUAUAUGUGUACAUACAUAUACAAGACAAACAUAUAUGCAACAUUUUUAGGGACGAGAACACGGCGCGGAAAAUUACUAACUAACCUCUCCCGCACGUUUUGUUACACUUGGCGCAUUUAUGUACGUGUGUAUGUGUGCGUGCAAGUGUGAGAGCAUAUAGUAUAUAUAUAUAUCCUGUGCGCGUCCCGUUCGGAGACUCCAUCAGUCGCCGCGCUUAUACCGUUUCCACACACACGCAUUAGUGUGUGCAUGUGUGUGAGUGCCAUUUUUAAUACAAUAUAAAAAUUGUGCGCGCGCCAACAGCAUUAAACGCUGACCCUAACCUUUGAUAGCCUCCAGCAUUGGAGGAGUUUUAUUUAAAAAAAUAACAAUAUUAUAGUAAGAACCGUAUCAUUUGACAAAAACCUCAACGCGCGGAGGUCGAGGACGAUCCAUCAGACGGUCGACGACGACGACGUUGCCCAGGCGCUUUGGAAUGUUAGAUGCGGUGAGAACCAACAGUUCAGUGUAUGUUGUUGUUGGCUGCAGUCGUUUGAAAAAAGCAGGAAUCGUGGAAGAAGAAGAAGCCGAGGUAUCAUUUAACAUUAAUCUAGAUUAUGGCGAAUUUAAAUUUUCAACAACCCCCAAGAAGCAUAGCAAACGCUACAUUAUCGGGUCGAACAACAGGCGGCUUCGGUGGUAGCUCACUGUCUGGCCAUGUAACGCCCACGUCAGGCAUGUUUCAAACCGAUUUCGCCACUUCUUAUCCAGGCGCAGCGAAUUAUGGCCAAACGCAACAACAGCCUCAACUCUCGCCUAAUCGCAGUACGCAACUGUCUGUCGGCGGACCUGCUCUCUCCAGUGGCAAUCGCAAUGCGAAUAUAUUCGGCCAGAGGGGAGCAUUCGUGGAGCGGCGUGCCAUGCAGGGUGGUCUCGGUGGCGGUCCCAUGUCGAACAUGGGAAACUUCAUUCAAACGAGCCGCGGCGGUUAUGGCACGGGCGCUGGCGGCGGUGGUCCUUUAAAUAAUUUCCACAGUGUAUUCAGUGGCGGCAGUGGCCCAGAUUCGACCACACCUGCGCUACUCGAUCCCACGGAGUUUCCAUCGCUGACAAAUGCGCGCGGUCAAAACGAUCAGUCACUGCCCCAAUCGAAUCCGCUCCAGCCGCCGGGCAGUAAAGCUUAUGGUAAUUUUUUUACCUCUUUUGGCAUGGUGAAGCAGCCAACGUCAGAGCAAUCGGAAUUCACGAUGUCCAAUGAGGACUUCCCUGCGUUACCGGGCACUCAAAACUCGGACGGCACAACGAACGCAGUUGGGAACAGCAGCGGCGCUGGUGGUGGCGUUACAGAUAACAAUCUGGAUGGCACGGAAAAGGCAAUGAAUUCGAUUAUUGUCAGCGGUGGUGGUGGCAGCGGAGGUGGCAGUGGUGGCAUUGUUGGUGGAAAUGGUCUCGGCGCAGUGGGCAGUGGAAUCGGUGGUGUUGUGGUUGGAGGCAACUCAUCCAGUUCUAGUGUGGGCGUGAGUUCGACGCAUGUAGGAUUAGUGGGAGGAGGCAGCAGCGGUGUCAAUAGUGUAACUGGCAGUAAUGCGAUGAUGGGAGUCGGCGGUGGACUGGGCAGUGGUGGUAGCAGCGGCAGCGGCAACGAGCAUCUGAACGAUAAUUCCAGCAAUGAUAAACUUGUGAAAAGUGGCGUUCAAACAUCGCCAGAUGGCAAGGUCACAAACAUACCAGCGAGCAUGGUGAAUAAUCAGUUUGGCAUGGUGGGCCUGCUGACAUUCAUUCGUGCCGCCGAAUCGGAUCCAAAUCUGGUGGCGUUGUCUUUGGGCACUGAUCUGACGGGUCUGGGAUUGAAUCUGAAUUCACAAGAGAGUUUGCAUCCAACAUUCGCAGGACCGUACUCGGAACUGCCCUGCAGAGCACAAGACAUUGAGUUCAACGUGCCACCCGAAUAUCUGAUUAAUUUCGCGAUAAAAGAUAAACUCAACGCGCCGCUACUGAAAAAACUGCAAGAAGAUCUGCUCUUUUUUCUGUUCUAUACGAAUAUCGGCGAUAUGAUGCAAUUGAUGGCAGCAGCCGAGUUGCACAGUCGUGAAUGGCGGUAUCUUGUGGAGGAGAAAAUUUGGAUAACUCGAAUUCCUGGCAUGAAUCAAUAUGAAAAAAAUGGUACAAAAGAGCGUGGCACCUUCUACUACUUUGAUGCGCAAAGUUGGAAACGUUUGUCCAAGGUUUUCCAAAUAGAUGCCGAGAAAUUAGAUAAAUGUCCCAAUAUAAGUGCGUUUAUGAAUGGACAGUCUGUAUAA